GCGGAUCCAUGCUAGAGCUCCACUAGGACCCCGGGCUGGCAUUUCCCCGCCACGGACGAUGGGGCCGUCGCUGUGUCUUGACGGAGUUGGAGUUUUGACAUUGACUCGAUAGUUGAUAACAGUAACACGCAGCAGAGCAGCCAGUGAUGGAUUCAUUUUCUUGUUGAAAGCACAGCUCAUAAUGCAAGGUAAUGCAACCCGUUGUAGUAAGAAGCUCCACGAUCUGCUGAUCAAGACGGCCACGUAGGAACCAGCAUAUGUGUUUAUGCCUUCAUAUUGCCAUGUUACCUUAUGCUGUCACCCAUCUCUACAAUCCUCUCCCUUUGUUUUCUACGCACAAAGACGCAAACAAGCACGCCGCAAACACAGCACUCUGUAACUCGUCACUUGCUUCAUCAUCUCCUUUUAUUCCGUCUGAGAUUCAGUGGAUCAAACGGUGCAGACUUUGCCACCUACCAUCUCUCCAAGGUAGAUGGCUUCUAACGCUUGCAGGAAUGGCAAUGUACAUAUCUCUGAUGGUGCACGCUCGCUCACUGGCAGCCAAGUCAGAGUCACAUAACACACAAGAGGUCCUCCAGUCCGGCCUCAGGAACUCCCUCAGGAGAGCCUCACUCAAAAUUCUGUCCUAUUUGCUCGAUAAUGCCGCGGAUGCCAGUAUAGUAAACCCCAAACUAUUUUACCUCUUUUAUUUUAGUUCUUCUUAUGCUGAGAACAACAUCAUCUGAGAAUAUAACUGCCAUAGGUAUAAAACACACAUUUUUUCCACACUCUAAAG